CUUCGACACUGCAGUUUCUGCAGCACACUCACAACGGCAGGAAUCUGAACACCAUGAUUUCGGCCGGCAAGAUGCAGAACCGGUGCCCUGGGUGCCGGGCCCAGCUUUUGAGCUUCUAUGAUGCUCUUAUGCUGCCGCGCAGCAGGCCAACCCAGCCAUUCCUGCGCAGGCGCACCUUGGCGGCACCCUCAGCAGUCCCCGCCGUGUCUGCAGCCCGUCCCUGGCGGACAAGCUCCAUUCGGCAGUUCUCGACCACUAGAACCGUGAGACAAGAACCAUCCCAGGAAAGGAAUGCCGCAGAGUCAUCAGAUGCAGUCACGCCGACGACGCCAGAGGAAAUCGAGGCGUUCGUGCGCCAGGCCAGACAGACGUUCGGCAAUACAUUACCCGCCAACUACCUGUCGCCGGAGGAGUACAAGGUCUACGAGAGGCUCUACGGGCCGCCACUGCACGAAACUCGACCCGAGGACGUUGGGAUUCCCUUCCGUAUCGAAAAGGACAACGUUUUCGACGGCCAGCAUGCUCUCCUGAGGGAGACGGAGCAUGGCAUUCUCGAGGAGGUCGAGUACUCCAUUGAUCGCUCUACGGCAAUCAACUCGGAAGAGGUGGAAGAAGGAGAAUAUCCAGACGAUGCCGAAGCAAUCGAUGCACUUGAGCCAGCGGACGCAUUCCCGCCACUCACCGAGGCUCAGAUCGACUACCUCCAGGUGACCGCCAACAACCAGCGCGAGUACAACGCGCUGGUGAAGCUGCAACGCGACUUCGAGGCUGCCUCUCUGCAGCCGGCGGAGGAGAUCCACGAAGAGGAGAACAUUAUUGAAGAGGAGGAGCCUCGCGAGGAAGACGAGAUCGAUGAGGACGAACGCGAACCGGACGCCACCUUCCUCCAGGAGUACGAGCAUUCGGGUGAGCGGCUGCACGAGUACACUAGAAUGGGCCAGUUCAGCACCGAUCCUAGCACUAUUCAGAUUCCCAAGCCGACUUUCAUCGAGCCCAUCACCACUCUACUGAGCAGAACCAACACAACACAUAUCAGAGAGACCGCAGAAGAGGUGUUGGGUGGGCCAGGCCUACCCUAUGGUCCCGCUACGCCAAAGUCCAAGUCCAACCUACCGCAGAAGGGUAUCUUAAUGCAGGCAGGGCAGCAUAGGAUGUCUCCCAUCGAAGCCGAUGCCUACCUCGCCACCGUCCUUCCGGGCCUAUAUGUGUCAGUGACAAGCAUCCUGGUCGAGGUGCGGAAGCGGCUUGGUGAGGACUGGCUGAAGGGCCUCCUGACAAGACCCGAUGGAACAGGUCCCCGUGUGCUCGACAUCGGCGCGGGCGGUGCCGGGCUCGCGGCGUGGCAAGAUGUGUUGCAGGCAGGGUGGGACGUGCUUCGCGAGAAAGGGGAGGUCAAGGGUCGGGAACCCCCCAGCAAAAGGACGGUUGUCGUGGGCUCCGAGAAUCUGCGGCAGCGCAUUUCUCAGUUCCUGCACAACACGACCUUCCUCCCGCGUCUUCCCGACUACAUACACUCGAUCGAGGGCGCAGAACGGAAACUCGACUCUGGGGGUGGCCCCGCGCCACGCAAGGUCUUCGACGUAAUCAUCGUUUCUCACAUGCUGAUGCCGCUUGAGAAAGAGUACAAGCGGAAGGAGCUUAUCGACAAUCUCUGGACCAUGCUUUCGCCGGAAGGCGGCGUCCUCAUCGUGCUCGAGAAGGGACACCCGCGUGGCUUCGAGGCCGUGGCCAAUGUACGCGAUCGGAUGCUCGACGAGUUCAUCCUCCCGCCUUCAGCGCAGCCUCGCAGUGAAGACGCGAUCCAGCCGGAAGCGGAGCGCGUGAGGGAACCGGGCAUGAUCAUUGCGCCGUGCACCAACCACGCCAAGUGCCCCAUGUACCUCACGCCCGGUCUCAGCCAGGGCCGCAAGGAUUUCUGCCAUUUCAACCAGCGCUUCGUCCGGCCACCCUUCCUGCAGAAGGUGCUCGGCGCAUCGCAUCGCAACACCGAAGACAUCAAGUUCAGCUACGUUGCAGUGCGCAGGGGCGUCCCGCCGGACGCGGUGGACUUCCCGCAAGGCCAGAAAGCCGCCGACCAAGCCUUUGCCGGGUACGAAGACACCGAUGGCCCCGCGCCGCACCCGCUCUCGCUACCGCGUAACAUCCUCACGCCGCUCAAGCGCCGCGGGCACGUUACACUCGACCUAUGCACCCCCGCCGGCACCAUCGAGCGCUGGGUCGUGCCCAAGUCGUUCUCCAAGCAGGCAUAUCACGAUGCCCGCAAGGCAGCUUGGGGCGAUCUAUGGGCCCUUGGCGCCAAGACGCGCACUGUCCGCAAGGUACGACUUGGCAGGGGCGGCGUUGAUCCUGGCGAUGGCGGUGUCCGGUCGCGGGCGGCCGCCGCUGCGGACCGCAAGAGGCCCAAGGUGGUGGAUAUAAACGUGGAUCCGAAAUAUGGGGUCAUCUCGGCGAGGGAGAGGCAUCCUGGCGGGCGGGCGCCGGUUGAGAGGAGGACCAAGGGAGGGAAGCGGGUCAAGCUGGAUGAUCUGAUGGAGAAGAUGGGCAUUGAUGAGGUUGAGGACCCGGACGACAAGGAGGAUGCCGAGUUCAUGCGGAGCUGAGUGAACGGAGCACGGAGUGUACUUACAUCUGAAGAGUACCUGUACAAUACGGGCUGUACUAUGUAAAAGAGAACCUGUUAUCCUGGACCACUAUACUGUACGGUAGUACAUACGGUACCUUACAUGCAUCGAUAUGUACUGUACAAUACAAUACAGUUGGUGUAGGACAAGCAAGUCAUUCAGUUCCAGCGCUCUGGAAUCUCGCAAGCUGCCCAGGCUGG